CGCAAAAGUGGUUGCUCCGCCCGGACGAUCUCCAACAAACAAACAGAUACGGACCUGGUCCUACGCCGGCUUCAGCAAGACUCCUUCUAGCCCUCAGCCCUCAGGGAUCUCUUUGUCUUCUUCUGGAUAUCCAAAGGAUCUACCGUCGGGAGGCUGGUGAAUGUGGUGGUAAUGGGCGGAACUCGGUGAUCCCGCCAGAGACGCGACCUGAGACCGGAUCCCGCCCAUAGAGAAACGCGGAAAGCGACUUGACGCUGAGAAGAAGGAUUUCCGCGUAGACUAGCAAAAUGGUUGUCUGCACGUAUUUCCAGCAAGGUCGCUGCAGGUUUGGAGAUCGCUGCAAAUACGAACAUCCCGGGCAACCAACGCUCGGAUCGAAUCGAUUCGGAGUGCUCAGUGGCUCAGGUGGAGGUCCUACGAGUAGUGGAGGCUUUGGAGCUCGAAGCUCGGCGCAGAGUCAACAGACACCUAGCUAUGGUGUGACCGCUGGCGACAUUAGAGCUGAUCUCAGCGCUGGGAAAGGAAGACCAGAAUGGAUCUUCUCGUCUUAUGGGCCUGGGAAGAAUGCUCCGCGGCAACUCUUCGGGGGGCCUCAACGGGAGCAGAGUUUCGAGGAGAUGCGGCUGCGUCAUUACGAGGCUGCUGCUGCAGGAAAUCCAACCCCAGCAAUCCAGGAAGCUGAGGCCCUCUAUGCAGAAUGUUUGAAACAGAUGGAUACGGCCAUCAAUGAUGCCGAUGGAGCUGUGAGAUACGUGGUAGAAGGGGAAAAAGAGCAUCCGAAUCGCAUCGAUAUCACAGAGGGAAGAACUGGUCCUGCUGCUGCUGCUGCUGCUGCUGGCCAAGGAACUUCUGCAUUUGGCCAGGCAAAUAGCGCCUUCGGACAGCCUGCAGUAUUGGGAGGUACUCAGUCUGCCUUUGGGAAGCCUACUGCUCUGGGCCAACAGCCAGCGUUCGGACAACCAGCGUUCGGACAGCCGUCAUUUGGACAACCUUCUACAUUGGGACAGAAGCCUGCCUUUGGACAACCAUCCAGUCUAGGACAAGGUGCUCAAGGCUCGGCAUUCGGACAACCUUCAGCUCUGGGCAGCUCCCAGUCUGCCUUCGGAAAGCCGGCCUUUGGACAACCCUCUUUCGGACAGCCAGGUUUCGGCCAGCCAGCCUUUGGUAAACCGAGUGUCCCAUCGCCAUUCGGCCAGGCACCGACAACAGGAUCAGGUUUCAGUCAGCUUUCCUCUGGUCCUUCGCCCUUUGGUCAACCUGCAGGCCCAGCAGCUGGCACAGGAUUUGGACAGCCCUCGACGACUACUGCUAGUCCAUUUGGCCAAGCUGCGCAGUCAGCCUCUCCAUUUGCGCAAGUUGCGAAGACUGAGAAUCCCUUUGGCCAGCCAUCUACCACUGCUAGUCCUUUUGGAGCACCCGCUCAACAGCCUGCACCUUCAGGAUUUGGUCAACCGCCAGCCGCAACGACUGCCUCACCAUUUGGCCAGCCCCCUACAGCCCCUACAACCACCCAAGCUGCUCCUCAACCUGCUCCAGCGGCAGGUCUUGGUCCCAGACCACAACUCAAGGUCGACGAUCCAAAACAACUUAACCCUCUUCCAAACCUUACCGGCCAGACCGUACGCGAUCCUCUUACCAAGAAACUCACUAUGUGGAAGGGCCAGCCAGUGAAAUACAUUGAUGACUGGCCAUGCUAUCUGCACCCUGACGAUCGUCAGACCUACGUCCACAUAUUCUUCCCCGAUGGCCCACCUGACCAGGCGAGCUUGCGGGAUGCACAGGGUAAACCGGAAGAGUACACACCGGAGGUUACGGAACAGUAUGAGUUUUUCGUUAAGAAUGGAUUUUUCAAGGACGGCGUUAUUCCGAGCGUGCCACCCAAGACUGAAUGGGUCAGCUUUGAUUUUUGAGCAAUGUUGGGAAUGAAACUGGAAAUACGGGUCAUGGUCAGGGAGAUGGUUCCGAGCGAGAAUGUCUCCUACACGGAUAUAUAUGAGCAUUAAAAAUGUUACCUCUGUACUGUACUUUGUUACAUCGUAGCACUUCCCACCUAGACUACCAACACAUCAAGUCUACUGAUAUAAUAUACGCGUAUUACAGUGAGACGAAACGAACGGAGAAUUCAGGUUUCAAAUCUUUUACGAUUUUUUGUUCCAUUUGC